UUGAACUUCAAAGUAUGUUUUUCCAAUUUAUUGAGUGGUAAACAAACUUUUUGUUCUUACAAUUUCAGUGUCUGAACUCAGGGUGGUUCUGCUGGGAAGCAGCUGGUCCCAGAGGAGAUCAGUGGGAAACUUCAUAAUGGGAAAGGAUGUUUUUAACACUGGACCUCAGUCCUGUGUCAGAGUCUGUGGAGAAGAGGAGAAAACCAGAAUUGUUGUCAUCAACACUCCUGACCUUCAGUUUCGAUGUGCAGCCGAACAAACUGAGUUUAUUAAAGACUGUGCGAGCGUCUCUGCUCCUGGACCUCAUGUGUUCCUGUUGGUUCUGGAGCCUGAAAACUUCACUGAAGAAGAGAAAAACACGAUGCACAGAGUCCUUGAAGCUUUUAACGAUCGAUCCUUUGAUCAUUCCUUUAUACUGAUGUUAAAUUCUGAACCAAGACAGCAGGACAACAUUUUUAAAGAUUAUACGAAAAAGGCUUUAAUUAAGGAACUGAUCAUAAAAUGCAGAUACAGAUACUUAAAGAUGGAGGACAUUGAGCUCCCAGAGCUGCUGACUCGUUUUGGUCAAAUUGUGAAAGAGAACAAUGGAGAACAUGUGAGCUAUGAAGAGUUUGAAGAAGCAGCCUCCAGCUUACCAGAUUCUCCUCAGAGCCUUAAAGAAAAGGCUCCAACAGGUUCUCUAGUAGCUGCUGGUAAAGAUGCUGGUCUCAGUGGUCAAAUUUUCAGAACACAUCUGUCCUAUGGAGCAUCUGGUUUCAGGAUUGUGUUGUUGGGGAAAAGUGAAGAUAAAAAGUCAAAACUUGGUAACUUGAUAAUUGAAGAGCAGGAAUUUCAUCACCAGAAGCGCAGCGUGGCCUCCUGUGGAGUGUGGAGAGGAAAACCAGUGAUAGUAGUAAAAACUCCUGACAUGUUCAGUCUUCAUCAGGAAGAAAUCCUUGGAGAAAUGAAUAACUGUGUGAGGCUCUGUUACCCUGGACCACAUGUCCUGCUGCUGUUAGUGAAACCUUCAAAAUUUACUGAAGAUAACAGAAAAACAAUGAACUUCAUCCUGACUUUGUUUGGUCCAGAUGCCUUCAAACAUUCAGUGGUCAUCUUAACACAUAAUGGAGAAAGUUCAUCUGUCAAUGAGCUCCUCAGGCUAGUUCAACACAGAUGCUACAACAUGAAUAAAAAUGAUCGCAGUCUGUUGAUGAAGGAGAUUGAGACCAUCAUGGUGGAAAACAAAGGAACCUAUCUGAGCUUCAGAGGAGAGACCAGCAGACCCCAACAGGAACAGAUUAAACCACUAAACCUGGUUCUGUGUGGAAGGAGAGGAGCAGGGAAGACCUCAGCAGCCAAGGCCAUCUUAGGUCAGACUGAGCUAAAAUCCAACUCAUCAGAGAGCGUUAAAAACCAGGGAGAGGUCAGCGGACGUUGGGUUUCUCUGGUGGAUCUGUUGUAA